AUGGCAGAUAUGAGAGAUCGGACCGAGAUGGAUAUAGGGACGACAGAUAUGAGAGGUCGGAUCGAGAUGGAUACAGGGGUGGCAGGUACGAGAGAGGAAAUCGAGACGGAGACCGACGAGAUGACUCGCGCGGACGGUAUGAUCGCAGGGGAUUCGCGAGGGCGCAACGUGACGAUUCGCGGGGGUGGUACAACCGAGGAGAUCGACGCGAUGAGUCGAGCGGGCGAUACGACCAUGGGGACCGCCGGAAUGACUCACGAGGACGACAUGAGCAAGGAGGAUCCGGAGGAAACCGCCGCAAUGAUUCGCGCGGCCGGAAUGAGAGAGGGGGAUAUGAAGCAAGCAAGGAGAGUAAGGCCGAGUAAAGGAAAGGAGCUGUAUAGAAGCCAGAGCAUCAAGAUAACUUUCGAAGGAGAUAUGGCAACCACACCCAUAAGGGUGGCAGCUACCAAGUCGACGAGAGGGUCUGCAUCGAAGAAGACUGACACAGACUACAUGAUGGCGGAGAAGGACGGACAACGGAUCGAUGGAGAGGAGGUAAUUCUUUCACCGCGAAAGCGGGGAGUGAAGAAGUUCUUGAUGAAGAGUUCGUUGGAUGAGAUUGACACGGUCGAGCCACUGAGACGGGCCCUUCGGCAGCCUAUGCAGUGCUCUAUUCUGGAAUAUCUGGCAGCAUCCAAACCGGUUCACGACGAGUUACAGAUGAUCACGAGGAAGACUCGCAUACCUCUAUCAGAUGAGGCUCAGGUGACCCCUAAGGCGGAUGCCCCCACUGUAGCAGUAUCAGAGGUGACAACUAGAGCAGAUCGCAUUGCGACAGUUCUUCUUGACGGGAUGGAAGGUGUGCCUCCAGACAAGUUUUACAUACUUGGUAGUGGGACCGUGGAGACGAUCCUAAGCGACGGAGCGGUUUUAGAUAAUGUGAUCGACAACGGCAGUGAGGCUGUCAUUAUAGACGAGGAUCCGGCACAGCAAGUUGGACUGGAACUCGAUAGGUCAUACUUACUCGAGAUAGAGACGGCUGAUGGGAGAAAAGAGCAGAUCACAGGAGUUCGUCACAAGGCAGCCAUAGAGGUCCAAGGGGUACGAGUGACCCUGCCAGUCUUUGCAGUCAAGAACUGCAGCUCUGACCUGCUCUUGGGACGGACGUGGUUGAGCCAUGUGCAUGCGGUGACGAUAGAGCGACCGGACGGGAGCCAGACAUUAUCCAUUACGAAGCUAGAUGAGACGCAGGUUAUGAUUGAGACAGUGGAACCUCGAGACCUGAGGAACAGAGCAGCUCUCGCUGUAGGUGCGGGACCCAGUGAUCGGAUUAAAUCAUUACCUAUCUCCGGCCGCGUGGUGCGAUUUCGCGAGAAGAAGUAUGGACCUCUUCUCACAGAAAAAGAAGACCGGAUUGUUGAAGUGAAAGAUUUAGGAAAUCGAUUGAUAAUAGAUGGAAACUUUUAUCCAAAGGAAAGGAACGAAGAAUUCGGCGGCGUGAUAUCUGUAUCUUUUUUAAGGGCACAACCCCCCUACUCGCAGCAACCCAAACACCACAAGUGAGUAGCUCAGAAAGUUAAACCUGAUGCGGUACGUCGAGAGCGAUCUGCGCUAGAAGGAAUAUCUGAAGAGGAGAUCGCCAAAGAGAUUAAGGAAAAGAAAAAAAAAGAGUCGCAGCAUAGGAUAGCAAGGAUGGAUAUCGACGAUGGGAACUUAACCCCGCAGGAGAGAGAACGAGUACUAAAGGUACUCAAGACUUGCGAUAAGGCUACAGCUUUCAGCGA